AUGAAAAGCCCUGAAGUGAUAGCAGCUGCGGUGGAAAUGGUAGAGCCUGGGAGCUCCAGCAGGCCUAGUUCGGUGUCGGACAGACGAUUGCCGCCGCGACGCAGGAGCCCCUCCGACAUCACCAGGGCCAAGUCUAAGGCUAUCGCCUCUACCACCGCUGACUCCCCCGCGGUCGAGAGGUAUGCCUAG